AGCUUUUUAAUUCUAAACACAGUGCUAUAUUUAAGACAUAGCUAUGUAGUCCUCUAAGCAUACCUUAAAUGGCUCAAAAAAUAUGUCAUCCCUCUGCUGGCUGUGUUGUGGUAGGAGGAGCACUGGACUGAGAGCAGAGUGUUCUGGUUCAUUCCUAGCUGUUCUGCUGAUCAGCUGUGUGAUGCAGAGCAAGUCCCCUCAUCUCGGUGGGCCUUCAUCUCCCUGCUAGAGAUGCUAUGAGAACCUGACCUCGUGGGCCUGAAGACAGAGCAAGCUUGUCUGUGGCACAUCCACCCUUUCCCACACACAUUUCUCCAGUUUUGCAGUAUGAACUUAGAGUGACAGGUUACUCUUGAAGGAUCUUGAAAUGUUUGGGAAGCCCUGUGCAAUCUGUAGUAACAUUUUCCAAGUCCUUUCUUCACAUCUUUACCCAAAAUUGAGACAAUGAGAGGAUGAGUUCUCUACUCCUUGGCUUUAGGACCCAAACCUAAAUAUAAAAACACUUGCAACUCAAUUGUCUGUUUUCUGAAACAGUUUCACUUGAUGCCUCACAUUUGUUGGUUCUCAUAACUAUACUCUUAAGGGUCAAAGUGUGUAGUUUGAUUUAGGUUCCAAAGAUGUUUGCUAUAUUCACUGACAGAAUUAAUGAGAGGGCCAAAGGGCAGAAACUCUGAAAGUCACUGUUAUUAGUUGCCUAGGGCUGAUGUAACAAAGUACCAGCAACUGGCUUAAAACAACAGAAAUGUAUUGUCUCACAGUUCUAGAGGCUGGUGUAAGUAGGACCACUCCCCCCUGCUAAAACUUGUAUGGAAAAAUCCUUCCUUGCCUCUUCCUAGCUUCUGGUGGUGGCUGUUAAUCACUGGGAUCCCUUGGCUUGCAACUGUAUCACCCCAAUCUCUGCCUGUGUUGUCACAUGGCUGCCUUCCCUCUGUGUGUCUGUUUUCACAUGGUACUCUCCUCCUCCUUAUAAGGACACCAGUCAUAUUGGAUUAAGAGCCCAUCCUAUUCCAAAAUAAGAUAAUCUUAAUUUACCACAUCUGCAAUUAUCCUAAUUCCAAGUAAGGUAACAUUGUGAGGUGCUGGGGGUUAGGACUUCCAACAUAUUUGGGGAGUGGGGAUAUAAUUCAACUCAUAUCUAUCACAAUUGGAAAUACUCAACUUAUUUACCUUUUCUGUUGUUAAGCUGAAAGGAGUAUUUCCUGAGAAGUUUUAGGGUGUGGGAGUGAUAAUCUGAUUACUAAAGACUACUCAGAUUCUGUAAUACAGUUGAUUUCUUUCUAGGGUUGGAAUUUAUAAACAGCCAUGGAUAACUUCACUUUCUUCACUGAGUUCAUCCUCCUCGGGCUGUCUGCUGACUGCCGCAUCCAGACUCUGCUCUUUGUGGUGUUCCUAGGGAUUUACCUCCUGACCCUGGUGGGGAAUCUGGUGAUGAUCCUGGUGAUCAGAGGGGAUUCUCACCUCCACAUCCCCAUGUAUUUUUUCCUUGGACAUCUGUCCUUCCUAGAUAUCUGCUUCUCUUCAGUUACUAUGCCCAAAAUGCUACAGAACUUCCUGUCUCAGAAGAAAAGCAUCUCUGUGUGGGGCUGUAUCACCCAGAGUUUCUUUUUUCUUCUCUGUGGGUGUGCGGAAGCCAGUCUGCUCUCUGCCAUGGCCUAUGACCGCUAUGCUGCCAUUUGCCACCCUCUGCUCUAUACCAUGGUCAUGAACAGGCCUCUCUGCAUGGUAAUGGUCAGUGCAGCAUGGGGAAUAGGGGUUCUGAACUCACUGGUAAAUAAUCUUUUCAUCCACAAGUUACAUUUCUGUGGGUCCAACAUCAUCUUCCACUUCUGCUGUGAGCUGCCCUCACUUUUCCCUUUGUCAUGUACUGAUCCCACUGCCAACAAGUUCCUUCUGUCAGGGUCCAGUGCAUUUCUAGGGCUGAUGACGCUUCCCCUGAUCCUCUUCUCUUACUCCAGAAUAAUUUCUGCCAUUCUGAACAUCCGCUCCUCUGAGGGCCAAGCCAAAGCCUUCUCCACCUGCUCCUCCCACCUCACCGUGGUGCUCUUGUUCUAUGGGACGGCUCUAUUCAGGUACAUCAGCCCUGCCUCAGGCUCAGUGUUGGAGCGCGUGGUCUCCAUUCAGUACAGUGUGAUCACAUCCUUGUUGAACCCCCUCAUCUACAGCCUCAAGAACCAGGAGGUGAAGGCUGCUCUGCAGAGGAUGCUGAGGCAGUAAAUGCACUCCUCAGAUGAAGGAUUCUCUGUGUGGGGUUCAGUCAAAGAAUGGGG